AUGGCCCUGUCCCGUUGGUUGGACCGUGUCGCUAAUCCGUUUGCCGCUCUUUCAGAACCUUUCGCGUCGUCAUGUCUCAGUACCCACAAUACCAGCAGUAAGUCGUAUCUCGACCACCUUCACACACCCGAACGUCAAACUCUGUGGUCGCAUUUGGGCGGAAGCUCGCAAUAUGCGACGAUCGAGACCGGUUCGACCUUUGCGCACUUUGCGACCGCAGAAGUUGUUCGGUCUGCAACGAACUUGUCUCUGAGUCAAUAUGCUGGAUUUGGUUCUGAUCCUCUUUUUGAACGCAGACAACAGCCGGAGUACCCUCCGCAGAGCUACCCACAGCAGGGCUACCCACCUCAGGGUUACCCACAGCAGGGCUACCCACCCCAAGGCUACCCUCCGCAGGGCUAUGCUCCACAGGGCUACCCCCAGCCGGGAUACCCUCCCCAAGGACCUCCUCCGCAACAGAUGAAAUAUGAAGAUCAGAAUACUGGAGGUCAAAACAACAAGUCGGCACCCUGUGGAGGUGGUUGUCUCGGCUCUUGGUAA